UCUGUGUAAUCUCGUGUUUCUUUUUACCAAUGUAUUCUAUCACCUAUGGGGUUUAGGGUGAAGAACUGAAAGACAUCAAAGUUGAGGAUAAAGAAGAAGAAGAAAAGAGGUUGGUGAGUGGAGAUCAGCAGUCUAUGGAGGAGGGGGAGAUGAUUACGGAAAGUAAACAGGAGAAAUCUUCUCUACAUAUAGACACAACAGAUGACCAUAAUGUCCGGAAUACGUCUGAGGAAUCUUCUGAUAAAUCACAUACCAGGACUCUAAGAUCUCACAGUAGAAAUACUUUAAUAGAUCCGUCUAUUCCCGAGGAAUCUUCUUCAGGGCAGGAAGCAGAUCACACAGAAGAGAGGUCAUUGUCAUGUUCAGUGUGUGGGAAACUUUUCACAAAAGAGAGAACUUCUUAAACACAAGAAAUGUCACACUGCUGAGCGUCCCUAUUCAUGUUCAGAGUGCGGGGCGUGUUUCACUAGCAAAUAAAACCUUCAUAUACAUCAGAGAAUUCACACAGGUGUAUGUCCCUUUCCAUGCUCAGUAUGUAGGAAAUGUUUCACUACCAAGCAAAAUCUACUUUCACACCAGAACAUUCACACAGGUGAGCGUCCCUAUUCAUGCUCCGAGUGCGGGAAAUGUUUCACUAGCAAACAAAACCUUCUUGCACACCAGUACAGUCACACAGGUGAACAUCCCUAUUCAUGUUCAGAGUGCGGGAAGUGUUUCACUAGCAAACAUAACCUUCUUAUACACCAGUACAGUCACACAGGGGAGCAUCCCUUCUCAUGUUCAGAGUGUGGGAAAUGUUUUACUAGCAAACUUAACCUUCAUACUGUAUACAUCAAAGAAGUCACACGGGGGAGCAUCCUUAUUCAUGUUCAGAGUGCGGGAAAUGUUUCCCUUAUAAAAGCACUCUUUGUAGACACCAGAAGCUUCACACAGGGGAGCGCCCCCAUUCAUGUUCAGAGUGUGGGAAAUGUUUUUUUCGGAAAAAUUAGCUACUUUAACAUCUUAAAAUGCACACAGGUGAACGUCCCUUUCCAUGCUCAGAGUGUGGGAAAUGUUUCACUGAGAAAAAAAUUAUUCUUAGACACCAAAGAAUUCACACAGGAGAGCGCUCUUAUUCAUGUUCAGAGUGCGGGAAAUGUUUCUCUGACAAAAUAAAUCUUAUUGCACACCAGACAUGUCACACGGGUGAGUUUCGCUAUUCAUGCUCAGAGUGCAGGAAAGGUUUAGCUAAUAAAAUAAAUCUUAUUAGACACCAUAAGCUUCACACGGGGGAGUGUCCAUAUUCAUGCUCAGAGUGCAGGAAAGGUUUCAUUAGAAAAGAUAAACUUAUUGUACACCAGAGAGAUCACACGGGUGAGCGUCCUUAUUCGUGUCCAGAGUGUGGGAAAUGUUUUAAAUGGAAAUUUUCAUUCGAUGAACACCAGAAGACUCACACGGGUGAGCGUCCCUAUUCAUGUUCAGAGUGCGGGAAAUCUUUCACACAGAAAGGAAACUUUGUGGAACACCAGAGAAUUCACACAGGUGAGCGUCAUUAUUCAUGCUCAGAGUGCGGGAAAUCUUUCACAUCGAAAGGAGGCCUUGUGAAUCACAAGAGAAUUCACACGGGUGAGCAUCCCUAUUCAUGUUCAGAGUGCGGGAAAUCUUUCAAUCAGAAAGAAAGCCUUGUGUAUCACCAGAGAACUCACAAGAGAUAACGAUCUUUCUCAUGAUCACAGUGGUGUGUUGGGGGAGGGGCGGAAUAUAUUGAAUGUUUUUCAGGUUCGGUUUGAUAGAUCUGAGUCUGCAGGGAUUGAAUUCUAGUAAUAUGAUCCUCUAAACAUACAGAGAUGACUCGGUCCCGCACUCACACAGACCGCACCAUACAACUAAACUGUGCUAAUACAUGGCCAGAUAUGACAAUACAUGGACAACACUUCUUAUUGGUUGAUGUUGGUUUCUGUACAUUAUUGUUCUUGUUAUGUUUUACUGAAGAAGCCGGCUUCUCAUUGGUCCAACCAAUAAUAAAUACACUUUAUGGUUUAUUAUCUUCAA